AUGCCUCCCAAGAAGGUUACCAGCGCGAAGAAGUCCGCGCCUGCUCCUCACACUUCCUACCGUGCUGAAGGAACGCAAUGCCGUCAGGCGAUCAAGAAAUAUGUUCAGUCGAACAACAAGCUUAACGUCUCUUCUCUGAGCACCUUUGAUGCCCAGUUCAACAAGGCUAUCAAGUCUGGCGUUGAAAAGGAGGAGUUCACUCAGCCCAAGGGCCCAUCUGGACCCUUGAAGCUUUUCAAGAAGGAAGCUCCUGUCAAGGCUGCCGCUAAGCCAGCCGCAAAGCCCGCCACCAAGCCCGCUGCUAAGACUGCUGCUAAGACUGCUUCCAAGCCCGCUGCUGCUAAGAAGGCGGCUCCCAAGAAGGCUGUCGCAAAGACCACAGCUAAGUCUACCGCGGCCGCGGCCAAAAAGGCCGUCCCGAAGAAGCCUGUCGGCAGGCCCCCUGGUAAGGCUGCUAAGACUGCCAGCAAGCCUAAGGCCAACUCGGGCAAGGUCCGCAAGACCACUACCGCUGCUCCUGCCAUUGUUGAGCAGCCCAAGAUUUUGAGCAAGACCAAGUCUGGCCGUGUCAUCAAGACCACUGCUCCCCCGCCCAAGGCAGCUCGGGCCGCUCCCAAGAAGCGAACCAUCAAGAAAUAG